CUCCGACGCGCAGCUCUCCUUGGAUUUGAGCUCGAGUCAAUCACCGGGAGAGAGGGCACGGCCGGUGAGAUUAUGUGAUCAGAAUUAGUGAUUAUCUUGUGGAAGUAACAUGUAGUUUGACGUUUUUUUUUUCUUUCUUUAACUGUUUUCGAUGGAAAAACGUUUUCUGCGUCGGAACGGUGAUUUGCCGCAGUUUCUUAAACGCCAAAUGAGACACUUGUUGGGUUUAUCAGGCGCACAGGACUGCAACAGAUGAUGAGAGUCGGAGGUGAAUUUCAGAUUGCAGCUGAUCUCUCCGAACAACCAGCCAAUUGCGAAAGGAAGGGGAGUCCGAGCCCCGCGCCCUGAAAUGGAUUCACACGGAUCUUCACUCAACCGCAGCCAAUCAGUGGCGAGCGGCCUGGAGAAGACGACGUGGAAGCCGUCCCACUCUCGGAGCAGCAGCACUCUGUCAUCUCGCCAAUCCAGACAGAUUAUCAAGGAUUGGGAAGUGAUCGACGACCUUCAGGUAGACAUGCAGACAGGAGGUGAACAUGAUAUGACCAUCCCGGGUCUCUGUGAGGGAUAUCUUCUCAAGAGGAGGAAGUGGCCUCUUAAAGGUUGGCACAAGAGAUACUUUGUCUUGGAAGCAGGAAUCCUGCGUUACUCCAGAAAUCAGCAAGAUGUCUCCAGGGGAAGGGUACAGGGCUCCCUGGAUGUUAGCCUUGCAGUGAUGUCGAUAAAUAAGAAAUCUAAUCGGAUCGACUUGGAUGCAGGAGACAUUCUCUAUCAUAUGAAGGCAAAGAGCCAUGAAAUCUUCUACAUUUGGGUAACCAAGCUACAAGCGCACCGCUUGUACAAGAAGAAUGAGGCAGCUACUCUUCACAGCGGCUUCCUCCAGACUUUGUCCUUUAGCACUGCAGCUGGACAAGCUCAGAGAAAUGGAGAUUUGAGCUCUGCAGGCGUGGCGGAUUCAGCUGGAGCAUCAGGAGCGCUGCCUUCAGCUAACACCGCUGUGAACAGCAAAGUGUCUGCCUGGCUGCAGCAAAGUCACAACCCAGACAUCUGUGUGCAAGAGCUGAACCGUUGCCAUUUGGACCUUUCUGAGCUAAACCGUUUAAUCCAGAGCCUCCAGACGUUGGAUGCGGGCCAGGCUUUCACUAACGGAGACUUAAAGCGCAUCAUCAGCAUACAGAAUCUUUCGCUCGAGAAGCCGAAGAAGUCGAGGUCAGGGAAGAUGUGGGGUCACUCUCGCACACUUUCCAGAGUGGAGGCACUGGGAAUGCCUAUUCGUGGGAUUACUAAAUCGCUGUCUUCCAGUCACCUGAGCAACUCGUCUCACCUUGGUGCAUCAGUCCCCUCCAUCCCUGACUACGUCUACUCCCAGCUGUCCCCUCCUACUGUCACACUGUCGCCUGAGGGCAAGAAAAUCCACCAGGACAUCUGCGCCAUGUCGCUACGAGUGCUUGCUUCCCUGAAGUCAGUGCAUGAAACUCUGUCCCAGGAGAGGCAGAAGCUGCAGGAAGUCUGGGAAACUAACAACAUCCACGACUCUAAUACAUUAGCUGAGCCUGCAGUGGGGAGGCAUUCAUCCCACGGGCCUCCUUCAGUAGCAGAUUCGGCUGCGGAGUAUUUUGACGCCAGCGAUGACGUCCUUUGUGGUAGUUCCUCUGAGGUGUCUGAUGAAUCAGGACUUAGUGACGGAAGCACCCCCAACUCUGAGCCAGAGGAAGGACAUGCCUCAGCCACCCGGAAGUACCGUGCCAGCAUUUCCAAGUCUCCUAACAGUGUCGUUGCCAAGAGCACUGGCCGGCGAACUACCCUGCCCGCUACCUGUCCCGACAACAGCCAUGUGGGCCUCAUGGCUAUCCUCUACAACAACAUAGGUAAAGACUUGGCUCGAGUGUCCAUGCCUGCUGCUCUCAAUGAGCCUGUUAACCUGCUGCAGAGGCUGUGUGAAGAGCUGGAGUACAGUGAGCUGCUGGAUACUGCCAGCAAUACACCGGACCCCUACCAGAGGAUGGUUUACAUUGCUGCCUUUGCAAUCUCUGGUUACUCGACUGCGAUGUUCAGAAACCGCUACAAGCCCUUUAACCCGGUGCUGGGGGAGACCUACGAGUGUAUCAGAGAGGACCGGGGCUUCCGCCUCAUCAGCGAGCAGGUCUGCCACCAUCCUCCCAUCUCUGCCUGCCACGCAGAAUCAGAGAACUACUCCUUUUGGCAAGACCAGCGAUGGAAAAAUAAAUUCUGGGGGAAGUCACUGGAGAUUCUGCCAACAGGGAUGGUUAAUGUCACUCUUCCAAGGUAUGGAGACCACUAUGAGUGGAACAAAGUAGUGACCUGCAUCCACAACGUCCUCAGUCAGCAGCGCUAUCUGGAGCAUUAUGGAGAGGUCACCAUCCGCAACCUCAAAAGCAACGUCUGCACCUGCAAGAUCACCUUCGUCAAGUCUCGUUACUGGGGUUCAGAAACAAACAAGAAUGAGGUGCAGGGCACGGUGCUGGACCAAAGUGGGAGUAUCAUACACCGGUUCGGAGGUCUGUGGCAUGAAGGCAUCUUCUGUGACACUCUGCCCACUCCGAAAUGUGUCUGGAAGCCAAAUCCCCAGCCAAAGGAUCACCUGGUGUACUAUGGCUUCUCCACCUUCGCCAUGGAGCUGAAUGAACUCACCCCGGACCUGAAGCCUCUCCUGCCUCCUUCAGACAGCCGCCUGCGCCCAGACCAAAGGUUGCUGGAGGAUGGAAAGGUGGAAGAAUCAGACAUGAAGAAAGAUGAAAUAGAGGAAUUUCAGAGGGAGCGGAGAAAAGAGCUGAGCAAAAAGGGUGAAGAGCACAUUCCACGUUUUUUCAAGAAAGCCAAAGACGCCUGUGGACGGGACGUGUGGUUGACAAACGAGACGUACUGGAAGCUCAGAGAGAAUCCAGGUUUUGCUAAAACUGAAAACCUGAUUCUGUGGAGCUGAGACGACGGCCAGACAAAAACACAUGAGAGAGAGAUAUGAGCGGUGGAUAAUUGGACAGCAUAUAUGAACCGCUCUGAGGAUCGUGCAGAGUGGAGAUAGUGCUGCUGAUCUCAUCUUGUACCUUCUGCACGCCCAUGACUGGCUCAUGGGAACCAGACACCAGUCGAGUUACACAGCAUCCACUAACAGGUCUCCUCGAGAUCAUUUUUCGAAUGGAUUUUAAUGUUUUUUUUUUUUUUUUAGAUUACAUCAAUCGUAUAUGUUUAUAUUUUUGAGAGUUUCACAGAUUUCUGCCGACUAAACUGAACUUGUGACGCACACUCGGCAGACUUUGAAAUGAAAACUCUUGUUAAAGUUUAUUUAAAAUCAGGUCAGUAGAAGACCUACAAUGUUAGGGUGUUAAAUGUAAACAUUUGAUGAAAUCAUGUCCUCCUCUCAACCAGUUUACUGUGUUUGUAUGAUGAGUACAAUUGUUAGAGAUGUAUCAAUGCUACAGUCAGGGCUGGAUCACCAACUGGGCAAACCUGCAGGCCCCAGACCCACCAGUUAGUUUGUGGUAAUUUGAUUUAUUGCAAAUUUGUUUGUGGGAAUACGCACCAUUAAAGCACAAUAAAGAUAAGAACCUUAAAGCGGCUAUAAUCACAUUUUUAUUAUAAGAAUGGUAUCAAAUACCUACAGAGUAUUAUAGCCUGAAUCUUCUGUUCCCCUCGGCUUUACGGAGCUUCAUAGUGAAUUCCAGCUCUUUGUUUAAACUGUCCGGCCCACCACUUUAUUGUUUCACUAUUGCUGCUCUAACCGUGUUGUUUAUGAUUAGCUGGUGAACAUAGUGGAGCAUUUAGCAGGUAGAGACCAAAACCAGAGCUAAAAGACGGUGAAUAUUGGAUUAUUGGCCAGAAAAAUUACUUCAGAUUAAUUAAAAACAGCAUUUUUAUGCUAUUAUCUGUCAGUUUUUAGAUAAAAACAUUAAUAUUUAGUGGCCAAAAUAAAAGAAUAAAUAUAUUUUUUACAGAUUGAAGGUAGGUGCCGCAUUAAUACCUGUCUUGUCUACCUAUUGUAUGUUGUAAAGGAGCCCUGUGUCAAACUGUGCAUGGUGCAUAUGCCUACAUAAAUUUGUGUUUGACCAAAUGUUUGUUCAAUCAAACUAUUACAAACUAUUACAAAGCAUCUAGCUGCCUGUCUAUAGGUGCACCUGUACUGACGUAAUGCCUAUGAACUAUGAACAACAUCUGUGGCUUUCAUAUUAAUAAGAACUGAGUAUGAUGCUGAACAUGAUCAUCAAUCACCUACUUAAAGGAGUUUUACUGAUAAAGUUUAAGACAGUAUCUGUCUAAAUACUUUGGUCAUUGCUAACAUAGAUCAUAUGAUGGUGCAAACGUCAUUUUAUUGUUUUUUAUUUUAUCUUUUUGAACGUGUUAUCUAUUGUUUAAAAAAAUAAUUACCAAUAUUCAGUAUAUAUACAUAUUUAAAAGAGGAGAGAGGAUGUUAUACUGUAUUUUUAUGUCAUUAAUAGUCAAAAAUAUUAUCCAGCUGGUUGGAAACAUGUACAUACUGUAUUUAUACAGUACAUUAAACUGUCAACAUCA